GUCUUUCUAAAUAAAAAUUAGAAUGACGCCAUGUUUGCUCCAUCUUAUCUUAUUGAGAUCAAAAUUGCGGUACUUUGUUAAUCUAGUGACUUUAGCUGAAGAUGCUUUGAAGCAUUUGAUUGACCAAUCAGGUUAAAGAAAUCUUUACUCCUUUUACCCUGAUUGGUCUAUCAAAUGCUUCAAAGCAUCUCCUUGACCGCAGCCUCAGAUAUUACUUUAAUGUAAAGGGAAGCAACUAAUGAGUUCAUGUAUGAGUUCAAUGACUUUUACCUUGUCUGUCACGUGUCAAAACACAGCUGUUUGAAAAAAUACCGCGAGACGUCACGAGUAAUGUUUUGUAGCAAUUAAAAACGUGUGAUACGUAGAAAUAAAUGAGAAAAUGAAGUUGCUAACAUACAUGUACUUAUUUUGUACAACGAUUGCAAUCGCUUUACCAAUAAAUAAAAAAAUUUCUGUUAAUGUGAUAAAUCCUGUUAUACCUAAUAUAGUUAGAACAUUAAACCAAGAUCAAGAACAAGAUUUAUUACUAUAUCUUUACGAAUCGUCGCAGGACCCAGAAGUCCGUCCUGGUUUGUUUGAGGGAGAUAUAGCCAUGACUAAUGAGUAUCUCAAUUAUUGGCGUAUUGGUUUACGUUGGGAUGUUUUCCCAGAUAAAUUGUGGCAAAAUGGAAUAGUUCCUUAUGUAAUUAGUGAUUUGUAUAAUCCUGCAGAUUAUGUAAAAAUAUAUAAAGCAAUCACAUAUAUAAAUAAUAUGACAUGUGUUAAAUUUAUUCCAUGGGAUGGUAAGAGCAAAGAUUUUUUGCUGAUUUGGCCAAUGAUGAAUCCUAAAGGAUGCUGGUCAUUUGUGGGCAAAUUCGGUGGAGCUCAGAUUCUUUCCCUGGAACCGCCAGACGAGAAAGGACCGAAUUGCUUAGAAAACGAGGGAAGAGCGAUACAUGAAUUGAUGCACGCUCUCGGUAUCUUCCACGAGCACAGUCGUGCCGAUAGAGAUAUGUAUAUAGAUAUACAUUACGAAAAUAUCAUACCUGGAUUUCGAUCAAACUUCAAUAAGCAAUCGCCGGAGAAUGCGACGUAUAGCUACGAAUAUGGAUAUGACAGCAUAAUGCAUUACGGUAACUACUUUUUUAGUAUAGAUCCCAUGAAACCAACUUUGACACCGAAAAUGCCUGGUGUCAUGAUUGGCCAACGAACAGCAAUGAGUAAAACCGAUUGCCUGAAGCUGAACAAUCUUUAUGGAUGUUUGAAUAAGCCGGAAGAAGCAGGAAUAUAUCACAAUAUCUGCAAAACAUGGGGAUUGUAGGCUAUAUUACUGGCAAAAGUAAUUUCUAAAGAUGCUAAUAACAUUUGAUAAGUUAUGAAAAAGA